UCUUCCACCUAGUUCCAUUUGUUUCUUUUCUUCUUCUUGUGUGUGAGAGAGAAAGAGAGACACACACAGAAAGAGAAAGAAAAAAAAAAAUAAACAGAGAGAGAAUGUUACAAUCUUUCAUGGAUGCUGCUUCGAUCUGCGUUUUCCUCACUUUCAAGACAUAAUCUUCUUCACAUAAAAUAAACCAAAUCAUACAAUCUAUUUUGGGGGUGUAAAUAAGGAUUUUGCUGCAUUCCCACUUGCUUGAAAAAUGUCUCUUGUUUGAAGGUGGUUUCAUGGGUUGAAUAAGAAGAAGAACAAUGGCCAGGUUCAUUGAAGAAGAAGUUCAAUUUUUUGAUGCACAAGAUGAUGAUAUUAUGUUAACCUCAGAUGUAAAGGGUAUUAUUGACAAACCUGAAGUUGAUUCUGGUUUUCCUAUGGAUUUGUUGAAAGAUUUUGGAUAUGACUUGUGGACUCGGAGUCCGGGUAGUGUUCGAGAUCGAAGGAGUCAGUUUAUAAAGUGGAUGGAAUUGAGUUUGGAUAAAAAAAACAUUGAGAAUUUGGACAGUGGAGUAGGGUCUAAUGAGGAUCAGGUAGAUGUAGAUGAGGUGAACAAAAUGAAAGAUGGUGUUGGGAGUGUGAACAAAAGUUCCGGUUUUACUGAUGAUUUCUUUUCGAGUAAGUCAUCAAUGUCUUGUUCGUCUUCCAUGGAAUCUUCGGAGUUUGUUGGUUUGGUGGAGGAAUCAGCAUGCCAAGAUAGGAAUUUGGACAGUGGAGUAGGGACUAAUGAGGACCAGGUAGGGAACCAUAGGGAGAUUAAUGAUCGGUUGGUGGUUUCAGAUGAAUCCCAGAAAACAGCCGACGUGUCUCGAACUUACCAACGCGAGAUUGGUAAGGAGUCCGAGGAGACAGGUGGGUUUAAUUCGUGGAAGACGAGGGCUAAAAAGGCUUGGUUAAGAAAAUUGAAUUCAAUGAAAUCCAAGAUGGAGGAACUCCAAGGAGAAUUUGAUAACAAGAAGCACGAAGGCGGUGUUCCAUUAUCAGGUUGUAGGAUUCAGAGAGUUAAAGUCCGUCAUUGCAAGAAACAAAGAAAGGAACUUUCGGCUCUUUAUAUAGGACAAGAUAUUAAAGCGCAUGAAGGACCAAUUUUCACAAUGAAAUUUAGUCCUGACGGACAGUAUCUUGCUAGUGCCGGCGAAGAUGGAAUCGUGCGAUUGUGGCAAGUGGUUGAGGAUGAGAGACAUAAUGAAAUUGACAUUCCAGAAGUUGAUACAUCCUGCAUUUACUUUACGGUGAAUGAUCUGUCGGAAUUGACACCCUUGUUUACGGAUAAGGAUAAAAUCAGAAAUGUGAAGAAUCUAAAAAAGACAUCAGAUUCGGCGUGCGUCAUUUUUCCUCCUAAGGUUUUUCGGUUAUUGGAGAAACCAUUGCAUGAGUUCCAUGGUCAUAAAGGCGAAAUUUUGGAUCUCUCUUGGUCAAAUAAUAAUUAUCUGCUGUCAUCUUCAGUUGAUAAAACUGUUCGCCUAUGGCAAGUGGGACAUGACUGCUGCUUGAAAGUUUUCUCACACAGUAAUUAUGUGACAUGCAUACAAUUCAACCCCGUGGAUAAUAAUUAUUUCAUUAGCGGAUCAAUAGAUGGAAAAGUUCGUAUAUGGGCGAUUCCUGAUUGUCAUGUUGUUGAUUGGACUGAUGUCAAGGAAAUCGUCACUGCAGUGUGUUAUCGACCCGAUGGACAGGGAGGGAUUAUUGGCUCCUUGACAGGCAAUUGUUGGUUUUACAAUGUAUCAGAUAAUAAUCACCUACAGAUGCAAUCACAACUAUGCUUACUUGGUAAAAAGAAACCUCCAGGGAGAGGAAUAACCGGAUUUCAGUUUCUUCCUCAAGAUUUUAAUAAAGUUAUGGUUACCUGUGCUGAUUCACAAGUCAGAAUCAUUGAAGGGCUUAAUGUCGUUGGCAAAUUCAAAGGCCUUAAUACAGGAAGCCUAAUGUCCGCAUCGUUUACUUCGGACGGAAAACACAUUUUAUCAGCCUGUGAAGACUCCAAUGUAUAUAUGUGGAAUGUUGGUGACGACGAGUUUCACACCACGAAAGUCAAGAAGAUCAAGUCAUGCGAGCAUUUUUAUUCAAAUGCAUCUGUGGCGGUACCUUGGUGUGGUUUGAAAUCUGCAAACAUCGAAAACUUGAAACAAUUGGAUGCCCUAAAUAAGAGGUCACCUCAAGCUGUAUGCCUCGAGCCACCGUCUUCUUUUUCUCUAAGCCAAGAUUUUUUCUUAGAUUCUAUUCCGAAAGGUUCCGCAACUUAUCCCGAGGAGAAACUUCCUUCAAGUCCUAGGAGUAAAAAUUCUGCAAUGCACAAAUCUGCAUACAAGUUCUUGAAAUCUUCAUGCAAGAGUACUUCCAAUUGUCAUGCAUGGGGUCUAGUCAUCGUUACUGCCGGUUGGGACGGGCGAAUAAAAUCAUUCCACAAUUACGGAUUACCUGUUCUCGUUUGAAAUGAAAGUGGCCUUUCAUAGAAUGGAUAAUAGACUCAUGAAGUGGCCUUUUCUGCAAUUAUCGGUUUGCUUCGGCAUCUUGUCUUUGGAAAAUUACAGGCUGCUAAUGUUCUUCAAGACUCGAAAGCGAUGUUCACCGAGCAGGCUCGGUCAAAGGUCAAACCCCAAAACAGGAUUGCAGUUUAGUGCAUGUUUGUAUUCGCCUUGACACUAGCAGAAUCACAGUAAGCCACCGUAAUUUUAGCAAAAACUACACUAGAGUUUCUACAAAAUCACGGUGUCAUUGUGAUUUUGUCAAACUCACCGUCAGUCCAAACAUACACACACACUUAGAUAAUUUCAAAAACUUGGACUUUUUGAUCUUCCACUUUCGGAUUUCAGGAGAUUUAGAUGACUUAUCUGUUCAUGACAAAUGGCGACACGACGGUGGUUCUAACAUAAUCCAUCUGAAAAAUGAAGAAGUGGUUAAGUAUUACUUGUCUUGGCACCAAUUCUAAAUAGCCUUUACCUCACACUAAGAAUAUGCUGGCCCUUAAAAGAGGUGCAAAGUCAUAUAUCAGGGACAUGUAAAAGGCCCCAUAAGAUAUUCUUUUGUAAGACUCUUGUUUGGUUAAAAUAAGAGAGGUUGUGAGAGAAGAAGAGAUUCAUUCAAGAAUCAGUGGUUGAAGUUUACUGAGAUAAAAUGGUGGUGGGGGGUGUUAGUGGAUUUAAUUAUUGAGUUGGGCUAACCAAUUUAGAAUCUCUUUGUCUGCUAAUCUUUCAAGCUAUCUCAUGGUAGGUCCCUUAUAUGCCUGAGGUUGGAAGUGAUGAUUGGGAUAGUCAAUUCUACUUGAACAGAUGCAUUUUUGGCUUUCUGUUACUCCAAAAAUACAACAAAACAAGUUUGGCUGAUUGAUAUAGCCAAUGGCUACUACUGCUACAGUACUGACAUUAAUAUUAGCAUUGGUAACAAAUGUUCUGUAUAUAUCUAUAUAUAUGGUCUUAAUUUAAGACUUGUGACAUCCUUUUGUUUACUUAAUUUGUUAAGAUUUUUUAUCCUUUUGUGAAAAUAAUAAUUGUGCUAACAAGAGUAAAAACACUUUUUGCUUGAA